AUGUUGCGUUCAUCGCUCCAAAAGUUCAGCAGAAACACCUAUUCAACAUUAAGGCGACAACCAGAGAACUUGUCCAAAGCCGCUCAUAAUUUAGCUGAAGAAGCUUUAGCACAGAAAACCGCCGGUGCUUCUAGAAGUAAAGUUACGCUACCUAAAGGGAAUAAAAAGCCUACCAAAGCCAAAGGAGAAAAGGACAACAAUUAUAAAGAAAUGGCUCUGGCAGCCGGUGUUUUCACUGGUCUUGGUCUUGGUAGUUUACUAUACUAUGGUCGUCCAUUCAACGAUGGAAGAGAAGAUAAGUAUGUCCAAGAUAAUACCUUUGCGGCAGCAUACAAGCGUUGUAGGGAUCGUUUCCACGACUUUCAACAGAGAAUGAACGAACCCAUGUGGGAUAAACUUCUUCCUGAGCCUUUACCAGAACCCUAUAGACGUCCUUACACUUUGGUGAUCAAUUUGGAUGAAACAUUAGUAUACACAACUUGGGAUAAAGAGCAUGGUUGGCGUCAUGCCAAACGACCUGGUGUUGACUAUUUCUUGGCCUACCUUUCCCAAUUCUAUGAAAUUGUUAUAUUCACUUCUCAACCUUCUAUGAAUGCUCAACCUUUGUUGGAUAAACUUGAUCCAUAUCAAUACGCCAUGUACAGACUUUACCGUGAAGGAACACGGUAUAAGGAUGGCAAAUACAUCAAAGACUUGUCUCACUUGAACCGUGAUUUGAGUAAAGUCAUCAUCAUGGACUCGAAUCCUGAGUCAUUCUGUUUACAACCUGAAAACGGUAUUGCUUUGAAACCAUGGAAGGGUGAAGCCAACGAUAGUGGAUUAUUAGAUUAUAUACCUUUCUUGGAAGCUGUUGCCUUGACAUCACCUGAGGAUGUUCGACCUGUUUUAAAGAGUUUCGAAGGCAAGCACAUUCCAAUUGAAUGGGCCAAGCGUGAGGAAGAAAUUAAAAAGGCACAUAUCAAGCAAUGGGAAGAAGAACAAGCUCAGAAGAAGGGAUCACGUAAUUUAGGUUCCCUAUUGAGCGGAGGCGGUGCAGCAAAGCAAACAGAAGGUCCACCACCUCAUUAUCUAGACCAAAUGAGAAAACAAGUACGUGAAGCAUUUGCUUCUGAAUUCGAACAACAAAAGAAGAUGCAAGAAGAAGCCAUGGCACAAGAUAUGGAACGACAAAUGCAAAUGAUGAAAGACAUGAAGAUGUCUGUUUGGGACCUGAUGACACAAGCUGUCUCUGGUCAACCUUUAAUGCCUCCACCCGAUAUGCAACAACAACAACAAGGACAGCAGCCGCAACAACAACAGCCUUCCAACCAAAAGCCUUGA